AUGCAGCAGCAUGUGAUGAGCUUUGAGGUGGGAGGAGUGCUGGAAGACUCCAAGUGGCAGGCGCCCGCUGACUUCUUCAAUGGCGGCGAUGCCGGCACCGCCAAUGUGGAUGCGGUUGGAGUUGAUAGUGAUGCCGGUAGAUCCGGUAGGGUUGAUGUGAUGAACAGCCUGAUCAGGUUCGCCGAGGCUCCAGCUGCAGCUGUAGCUGCAUCAUUUGACCAGUGA